UUCUUUUUUUUUUUUUUCCCUUCUGUUUUCAUUAUUUUACAUUAUCCCAACACCUUGUUCCUUACACCCUCUCUUCUUUUUGAUUGUUGAUUUGGUUGAACAGAACAAGUCUCAAGUCUAUAUAUACAUACAACAUACAUAUUAACCUCUUUACUCAAUUUAUACCAUGGCCACAGUUCCUCGCAAUUUCCGACUAUUAGAAGAAUUAGAAAAGGGUGAAAAAGGUAUUGGUGAUGGUACCUGUAGUUAUGGUUUAUCUGAUGAUGAUGUCCUCAUGCACCAUUGGCAUGCUACUAUUCUUGGUGCUCCUCACUCCGUACAUGAAAAUCGUAUUUACAGUCUGAAGAUUUAUUGUGGUGAUAAUUACCCUGAUCAACCUCCUCAAGUACAAUUCGUAUCAAAAAUCAACUUACCUAGUGUUCAUCCUGAUAAUGGCAUGGUCAUUAAUCAAGCUUUGCCAUGCCUUGCUCACUGGAAACGAUCAUUCUCUUUGGAAACUGUUUUGACUGAAUUGAGAAGAGAAAUGGCUACGGUGGGUAGAAAAUUGCCUCAACCUAUGGAAAAUACCACUUACUAGAUUCAAUGAUCCUCCCUCUCCUUCCCUUUGAUCUUAUCAUGUUUAUUUUAUCUCAUCCUUUCUUUUUCACAAGACAAGUACGCUUAGCAUACACACUCACAAUCUUCCCUUCAUGUUGAUUUGAAUUACUUCAAAACUUUUUUUUUUUAUGAUGACAAUAAAAAAAAAAAUUAAAAAACUACCAUAUGAAACAAAA